UUUUUUCUCCGAUUUCAUAUUUUUCUGGGAACUCUUAAAGACAAAACUUUUUAAAAAAUGGCAGCAAUGAUAACUUUCUAAAACUCUUGAACUAAAACUCCGUCACCUUUUUACGGAUGAAUUGCAUAUGGUUUGCGACUAAAUUUGCUCUCUGCUUUUCCGUAUUGAUAUGGAAAAAAAGCUAGCAGAAUUUCGUGCAUCUAGAAGACUGAAAGAAAGGCAACAAGGUAAAACUAUGAGUCAAGAACAUGAAGAUAACAAGAAGGAUAAUAACAUAUCGUCACAGGUGAUAAGACAAGAAAGCAACUCGGUAUCUUCUGUGUUAGAUAACGAUAACUAUGGCAGUGAAACUGAAUGUGGAUACAUACAAAGAAUUUUUCGGAAAUUAUACAGUGCAAAAUCUUUAUUACAAUUUGCACUCUGGUUCAGUUUGCUUUUAUUUUUUAUCGAAAUUGAAUUUGGGGCUGUUUACUUUAUUGUCUCUUUAACAAUAAUUAUGUACUUUAGCAUGAAGAAAGGCAAGUCUAAUGGUCCAAGUGCCUAUUCUGUUUUUAAUAAGGACUGUGAAAGAAUCGAUGGAACAUUUACUGCUGAGCAGUUUGAACAACAAAUGAUAUAUGGUGGUGCUGUUAGAUAAUAAAUUUAACAUCUUGGAUUAGAUAAAUAAAUGCAUAAUUUUAGAUUUUGAUAUUUUUAUCAUGAUGAUUAUGCCAGCAUUUUAACUUUAUAUAUUUGCAAAAAACUCGAAAAAGAGUUUGGAUACUAGCUAUAUAUAUUUUAGUUGCCGUGUCCAGCCAGGAAAAAAAUUCAGGCUCUCAAUUAUAAGGAAAAAAUUCCCAGCUUCAAAACUCUACUGUAGGUAAACUAAGGAACAGGGAGAACACAGCCACUAAUGAUUUUGUCAUCUAUAGCUAAAUAAACGAGAAAAACGCCAUUUAUCAUCCUAAAACGUUUUUGUAAGAAAAUUUUAGCUAUUUUAUUGUGAAUAACAUGCAAAAAAAAGCUACUUCAGAAAUAAUUUUUUCAGACUCUAGGAACGAGGAAUUCUAGGAUGUGUUCUACAUUCUUGAUAUGUUCUUGGUGCAAAAUCACAUAAUAUCUUGUCCGUUUGAUUUAGACAGAAAAGCAGAAUUUUGAAGCCGGUUCAAUAACCUUAACAGGUAUAUAAUUCGUUUCCAAACCUGACAAAACUACACUGCACUGAUUUUUCUUUCUGAAACAAAACUUGAUCCUAGGGAUUUCAUGUCUGUUCUUAUUUUUUUCAGACGAAAUUCCAGUUGCAUUUUGUUCUCUUUAAAUGGGACUACUGUCAACAAUUGCGCUCAUGCUCACAAUCUUGUCAAUAUGAAUAUUCCUCCGUUAUUGUAGGUAUGAAAUAAAGCGAUCAGGAGCAACAACUACCACGGGAAUAGGAAUUUAUCAACCAAUUAGAUUUUAAACACAAUUUUAUACGAGGUUUGAAAUUUUUAAGUGAAAAAAAAAAUCGAUGAGAAAGGGAAAUUUUAUUUUUCUGCGCAACAUUCAAUGUAAACAUGAAUAUCUGCUUUAUUAUUAAGUAUAAUAAAUAAAAUAGAAGAUGCUGGAAUCGAGUAAAAUAACGAACUGGUGGUAUAAAAACUAAAAUUAAAUGCUUUAUUUUUUCAACCCAGGGCAUCUUGUAUCGUUAACCCACCCUAAGGGAAAAGAGAGAAUGAUUAAAACACACAACCUCGUCCCAGGGCUUUUUGUAUUUUACCACCAGUGCUGAGAUUAUGUUCGUCUCACCGUUAGAUAUACAAAUAGAGACCACGGGUCCUGGGAUCCAGGUUGUAGAACACGUUUGUAUCUCUUUAACAACUCUCUUUCAAAACAGAGUGUUUAUUUUUUAUUGUGUUCUUCAUCGUACCCUUCAUAGUACUUAAUAACGGAGACUUCUCUCUUUUUUAGGCAAAAUAUUAGUGUCAUGUUCUAUCUCUCUUGCCUAUCUCAAAGAGCUCUAGGAAUGAGAAUGGGUCGUGUUCCUAUACAAUUGUUGUCAUGAAAGAAACUAUAUUGCGACAUCACAAUCUUUUUUUAAUUUCCAAUGUUAUCCCUACCCCGGUCCUUUAGCUGGCUUGAAAUAUCGAGAACCGUGAAAAUUUUACCCGUGUUUUAAUUAUAAACGAAAACCAGGUAUGUUUUCCUCAAAGUUUUGGUAUAGUAUACCAAAACUUAGGGAAAACACGCAUUUUUUAUAAAUAUAUUUGUGUUAAGGCUUCGUAUUUCAUAAAUUUUUGAUUUAAGUAAAUUUAAUUUUUAAAGCUUACUUUCUAUUUUAAUGUGUCUUUCUUCACAAUCAGUUGCCAGAAAUUUCAAAAACUAUUGAAAAUACUUUCGUAAAGUUACUAUUUUGUGAAAGCAUAGUUGCUAAAAACAAAUAUCAUGCAGCAUGUGAUAGGUGGGCAUUGGGUACUAGAUUUUACAGAUUUUUUGGCGCGUACUAAUUCUGGUGCACAGCGUAAUAAUGGUAGAAAUUUUGGCGCAUGGCAAGAAAGUUUAGAAUUUUCGUUAGCACUAUACUAACUCUUGAUAUUAAUAAAUU